AAUCACGACCCCUGAUGCUUUCUAUUUCAGAUAGUACACAAGAAUCGUGUUAAUAGCAUGAAUGAACGACCGCAGAAAGACGUGAAUUACAUUGAGAGGCCAUUUAUAAAUGUUAGAUGUUUUCAAAACCAAUCAAAUUUAUUUGUUAUUACACCUCAUUAUAUUUUCUUAGUCCUGAUCGGUAAAAUUUAGAUAAUAUUUCUCACGUGUUGCGUGUCAUCGUUCUCGAGAUAGUAUUUCUCUCAACAUUUGGAAGAUAAUUAAACACAAAACUGAAUGGCAGUGCUAUUCAAUCUUUCAGUCUGUUAGGUGAAACAAAUAAAAUGGAACCUAUAUCGUACAUGUACCUUAGGAAGACGACAGGUAGACAAACUCUCUACAAAUUACUAGACUCGAGAAUACCUUGGUUAUGUGAUAAGGUUUACUCAGGACAUUCAACUUCGCGACCGGUAAUAUUCCUUAUGAUAAAUGUUCAUAUCGUAUUAACAUUGUAUGUCUAGUGAGUGUGUAGUCUGUACUACAGAAUACGAUAACCAAUCAACAUUUACUUUUUCGGUUGGCCAAUCAUCUAAAUAUGCUUUAAUGUGUAUUGAUGACAUAAGAGUCUAAUAAAAUCAUGAUUAAAUUGGUCUGAACAUUACGAUAUCAUUACAAUAAACGUCUGAAUACAGUAAUCGGAUUUUAAUUGUCCUACUACCACCAUGGAGUAUGCUUCACGGAUUCUCCUUUCGAUCUUGCUGAUUAUAGUUAACAUACAUUGCAGUCUGUCUUUAAGCUGCUAUGAAUGCAAUCCUUGUCCAGUUCCAUUCAGGAAUUCUUCAGUGAGAAUAGGACAUAAUUGUAGAUGGUGUGCAACCCUCUCGGUAGAACACUACCCAACUCCAAUUAGAGAAUGUGCACCUGAGUGCAGCUUUGCGUAUUGGGGUCCAACAUACAAAUCAUUGUCUUAUGAUUGUUGUCAAACUGACUAUUGUAAUAAGAGUGUACAGACACGUAUAGUUCAUCAUAUGUUGACUGUGAUAGUCAUAACACUCACUUGUUUCUUCAGAGUUAAGAUGCAGUGAAACUGAACAAUCAUUAUAAUCUACGCAAAUCGACUGUUUUUAUUUUUAUCUUGCUUUCUAUGUUUUAUAGAUUCAGCCGUAUAUUAAGCAUGGGCAUUAUUUUGUAACUUAUAAACGAGAAAUAUUAAUUUUUUUUGAAUUUCUGCAAUUCAUUGACACUUUAGUUUCUUUCUGUUUUGUAUUGAAAGUAAUACUGUAAUAAAACGAACCAAUUUCUUGUUUAAUUUCACAUUUCCGUGUUAAACAUUUUGUUAACGAAUUAAGAAUGACGGGUAGUACAUGUAGGCUAAAUUUGAUUAAUUAACUGACAUCAGCUGACUGCUAUUUCGAGAUACAGUCAAAUUACACUCUCAGAUCAUAAUGGCUUUAUACUAGAACUAACAGUUUACUCAAAACAUGAAGUUUAUUUAGCAAACAAGUGAGAUAUAUAAAACUAUGUAACCACGUAUGAGAAAAAUGAAAAUUUCCAACAUGAACAUCAGUUGGAUGUUGUUCGAUCACUGUUACAUUAACCAUGACAAAUUAAACAGUUCUCGGUAAAACUUUAGUCAUUUAUAUGUAUUGUUAUUGAAUCUGUUCACAUUCUAGUCUUUUUUCAUAUCUUUGAUUUCUCACAUUUUACUAACAAAACUGAAUUUGGAGUGAGAAAAACAGUUUGAAAGUAUCUUAUAUAUUAGAUGGAACAAAAUAAAUUCAUCACAGCUAGCUACCUUUUAGUCAGUUAACUGUUGGGAUAAACUGGUUUCUUUUGGACAUAUUUCGGUGAAAAUUAAAAGCUACGAUUUUUCAUACAGAAAUGUUAACAUGAAUCGGUGAAAUAAACGGAGUGAGACUACUAUUGGUUAUUAAUUAUAUGGACUAAUCAUAUAAUCUUCCGGUCAGUGGAGGUAUUUGUCAGUUACAUCAGUAAUUGAACCAACUAUUAUACUCUAGUGGAUCAAUUAUCAUUCAUCAACUUCUUUUAAACUUCACCCCUCAAGACUAAACAAUUCAGGCUUUCGUAUUCCUUAACACUUUCCAUAUUAUUCAACUGCUAAUAUGAGCCUGAAUACUGGUCAAUGAUAAAUUGAUACUUCCAUGCCCAGAUAUCUA